AUGUCCAAGGGCCCGGUGGCGGGCGGCCCCGCCGCGGCCGGGCCGGCGAGCGCCGCCAGCGCGCUGCAGGCGCAGCCCGAGAAGCCGCAGCACUACACGUACCUGAAGGAGUUCCGCACGGAGCAGUGCCCGCUCUUCGUGCAGCACAAGUGCACCCAGCACCGGCCCUACACCUGCUUCCACUGGCACUUUGUGAACCAGCGCCGGCGCAGGUCCAUCCGCCGCCGCGACGGCACCUUCAACUACAGCCCCGACAUCUACUGCACCAAGUACGACGAGACCACGGGCAUCUGCCCCGAAGGAGAUGAGUGUCCCUUCUUGCAUAGAACUACUGGAGACACAGAGAGGAGGUAUCACCUGCGCUACUACAAAACUGGAAUCUGCAUCCAUGAGACAGACUCCAAGGGAAACUGCACCAAGAACGGAGUGCACUGCGCCUUCGCUCACGGGCCCCAUGACCUGCGCUCCCCCGUGUACGACAUCAGAGAGCUUCAGGCGAUGGAAGCUUUACAGAAUGGUCAGACAACAUCUGAAGGAGGCAUUGAGGGUCAGUCUGCAGUCGCUGCCAGCCAUGCCAUGAUAGAGAAAAUACUCAGUGAGGAGCCAAGGUGGCAAGAUACAACGUAUGUGUUGGGAAAUUACAAGACAGAGCAGUGUAAGAAACCCCCCCGGCUCUGUCGCCAGGGUUAUGCCUGUCCCUACUACCACAAUAGCAAAGACAGGAGAAGAAGUCCAAGAAAACACAAAUACAGAUCUUCACCGUGCCCCAGUGUGAAACACGGGGACGAGUGGGGAGAUCCCAGUAAGUGUGAAAAUGGAGACUCCUGCCAGUACUGCCACACUCGCACAGAGCAGCAGUUCCAUCCAGAGAUCUACAAAUCCACCAAAUGCAAUGAUAUGCAGCAGUCUGGCAGCUGUCCCCGAGGACCCUUCUGUGCCUUUGCACACGUAGAACAGCCGGCGCUCAGUGAAGAUUUGCAGCAAUCCUCAGCCGUGUCCAGCCCCACCCAGACAGCACCAGUGAUGUACAUGCCCUCAGCAGCUGGAGACUCUGUUCCAGUCAGCCCUUCCAGUCCACAUGCCCCAGACCUUAGCAAUGUGUGGAAUAAAUCAGGAACUCUGCCAACUAGCCCCACCUCCACCACAAUUCUUUGUAGGAACAGCAGUCUUGGAAGCCCAUCUAAUAUAUGUGGGUCUCCUCCUGGUGCCAUUGGGAAGCCCCACAGCUUGGAGACCAUUGGUUUUCCUCCAGACUCAGUCACAGCAGCCGGCAGCUACAAGAAAGCACCGGGGUUUGAGCGAGAAGAUCAGGUGGGGGCCGAGUAUUUGAAGAGUUUCAAAUGCCAGCAAGCAAAGAUGAAGUCCCACUCCCUGGAGCACAGGAGCCAGGAGCAACCUUUGUUACAGCCCAAACAGGACAUCCUGGGCAUUCUCCCAGUGGGGAGCCCACUGACAUCCAGCAUCUCCUCUAGUAUCACCUCCAGUCUGGCUGCAACCCCCCCAAGCCCCGCCGGCACCAGCAGCAUUCCAGGCAUGAAUGCCAAUGCCCUUCCCUUCUACCCAACCAGUGACACCGUUGAGUCUGUCAUAGAGUCUGCCUUGGAUGACCUGGACCUGAAUGAAUUCGGAGUGGCUGCCCUGGAGAAGACAUUUGACAGCAGCACAGUGCCCCACACGAGUGGCAUCAUGAUAGGUGGGAGUUUGCUGCAAAGUUCUGCUCCUGUAAAUAUCCCCGGGUCCCUUGGAAGCUCUGCCUCCUUUCACUCCGCCUCUCCUUCUCCACCGGUCAGCCUCUCAUCGCAUUUCCUCCAUCAGCCCCAGGGACACUUAAGCCAGUCAGAAAACACAUUCCUGGGGACAUCAGCUUCUCAUGGAUCAUUAGGUUUAAAUGGGAUGAACAGCAGCAUAUGGGAACACUUUGCUUCGGGGAGUUUUUCGCCCAGUACCUCACCUGCAUUUCUGUCAGGUCCAGGUGCUGCGGAGAUGGCACGGCUACGACAAGAACUGGAUGAGGCCAACGGCACAAUAAAGCAGUGGGAAGAGUCUUGGAAACAAGCCAAGCAGGCUUGUGAUGCUUGGAAAAAGGAGGCAGAGGAAGCAAAUGAUCGCGCCAACACAGCUAACAUGGAAUGUGAACUGGCCCGGGAGCAGAGGGAAGCCUUGGAGCUGCAAGUGAAGAAGCUGCAGGAGGAGCUGGAGAGGAUCCACACCGGCCAGGACCCGCAGUUCCUGCGCUCCUUCUCUGACCUGGAGACACUCUCACUCUCAUCACUCUACACCCUGCAGAAACAGCUGAGGGCAAACCUGGAGAAAGUGGACAAGGCAGUAUUUCAGAUGCAGUCAGUGAAAUGCCUUAAGUGUCAGAAGGAGAACCGGGUGGUGCUGCCGUGCCAACACGCGGUGCUGUGCGAGACGUGCGCUGAGGAGGGCGAGUGCCCCAUCUGCCACCCCAACAGGCCCCACUCUCUGCAGUCGUGACCUCCCGAGGACACUCCUCCAGAUCAUAUCCUAUAGAACUUUUUAACUUUAUACAUACGUACAUAUAUAUGUAUGUGUAUAUAUAUAUAUGUAUAUAUGUGUGUGGAUGGGCGUGGCUGUGCUCGUGUAGGGACGCGCACACACACGCACAUGCACACAUGAAAACAGAAAUUAGUUGCAGAGCACUUUUUAAUAUUUUACAUCCCGUAUCUAAACUGCCCCUCACCCGUGCCCCACUAAUUCUAACUCUUGAUGAACUUUGAGAGCUGUUUUUAAUACAGAUCAAAGGGCCAUUUGCAAAGAGUCUGUGUUUCUCCUCUUUUCUAUUUAGGUGAUAACAAAUUUUUGACUAUUUCCAGAAGGACUUAGAGUGGGCAAGAGGGGCUUCCACGUGCUUUCCAGAGGAAAGAGUUGAGAUCAUGGGGAGGAUCGAGGUGGAUUGAAAUGAUUUGCUCUUGCCUUCGGUCCCCCUGCUCUUUCACUGACCCAGCUUGGUUAAAGCCGUCCUCCCUGAUGGGAGCUCUGCCAGGCUCCUGCCUGGAGGGCCUCACACUGCCCAUCUCUGAAUGUGCAGGAACUUUGGCUGUCAUUUAAUCAGCAAAGUUCACUUUUUAAAUUUUUUUACACUCUUUGUAUAUUUGUAUGAAAAGAAGAAAAGAGGGAAAAAAAAAUUUAUAUUGGAUCUAGAGCAAGCCAAGCCCCAAAAUUUAGUGACCAAUGUUCACUGCUGAUGCAGCCAACAUAUUCCAGGUCUGAGCAGCCUUAGGGGUGAACCAAAGCCCUUUAUGAAGGAAAUUUGGAUGCAGAGGUUAGUUCUCUCCAGGCACCCCUUUGUCUGGUGGCUGUCUAGAGACUUUUUCCUGUUUCAGACCAGAUUAGUUUUGUUUUAGCCACAGGGACCUGAUUCGUAGUCACUGCUGAAGUGCAUGAACCAAUUCCAGGUAGGCUGAGGACGUUUUUGUUGCCUGUGUCAGCAGCUCAGGGGUGGUUUGUGGAUUGCUGGCUCCAGAAAACCUUGUGCUGGAGAUGUGUGGUGACAGAAAUAAUCCAGCAGAACAGAGAAAUGCCACCAGCUCAGACCUGCCCAGCAGCUGAGCUUUCCUGUGACUUUCCUUACCAGCUUGUCUAUUGGAUUUUUACAUCAGGUGGAUUGCAGUAACCUGCUGGGAUCUCAACCAGAAGGCCACUCAGUUGAUUAAACAUUUUUAUUUUGCACAGGGAUGCUCCUGUGCUGCCCCUCUGUGACCUGGAAAAGCACUGGAACCUCCAGCAGCCCACUAUUGUAGGAAAACUGAAUUUUUACCAGAGCCUCUCAGAAAGCUUCAUAUUUAAUACAAACACAUAAUUAGGUUUGUUUCCAUAAUUCCACCUUUCCUCUCCAUGGAAGGGGUUAAUAUGCAUUCCCAGAUGAUCUCUUAAGUGCAGCUCUGUGUAGUUCUUUUUUAUGUUUUCCCAUUAACUUGUUUUUGGGUUUUUUGGUAAAAAUGCUUUUUUUCCAUGUGUAUUUUAUUGUAACUAGCAUCAGGUUUUUUAAUUUUUUAAUGGAGAGACACUGUUGAGUGACUAUUGUGGCUAUGUUGUUUGGUUAUAGCCUUUGAAUGUCUGUGCCAUGGGGCAGCACAUCUGCCUUGGUCUGAUCUUAAGGAAAGACCUUUUAUUAAAAUACGUGAACAUUUCUCUUUUUUUUAGGAAAAAUAAAAAAUAAAAAAAAAUUAAAAGCGGGGGGGGAGGAGGAGGAAAAAGCCCAAUUAAGAAAAAAAAAAUUUACUAAAAAGUUUUUUUGUAACUAACUUAAAUCGUAGGAAAUAAACUCUUGAAUCAGAUCUUUAAUAUUUAUAAGCAGCAGAGCUGAUCAGCCCGUUUUUGGCUAUGGUUUGUAACACUUUUUAUGAGCGUGGGGUUUCUCUGCUCCUCUGCCUCCCUGGGGGCUGCUCAGGGGUGAUGCUGCCUUUUGCCAACCCUCUUUUUCCAGAUCUGUCCAGCACCAGCUCCAUGAUUCCAGCAGGGAAUCCCUCCCCAUGGAACUCUGUGGGAUUUGCAGUCAUGGGCUGAUGCAGGACCUGGGGGUGUUAAGGGAAAAGAGCUCUUUGCCCCCAUUUUCCCUGGGGUAGAAGGAAAAAUUCCAGGCCAGAGAAAAUGUGUUUUUCCCUUUUUGAGUAAAACAGUUUCUCUGUUUUAAAACUUAUACUGAAGGACCAAAGAAUUCAGAAUUUCACCUGUUUGUGGCCCUUAAAUUUUAACUUUCCAUUGCCACACUGCACUCAUGGCAGAGCAGCCUGAAGGAAUUAGCACUAGACCAUUCCCUUGCCCCCACCCAGCCUCUCUCAGCACUCUCUUUGCACAAGCACAUAGACUUUCUCACUUUCCUCUGGUUCUUGAAGAAACACUUCCUAAAUUUAGGUUUCUAUCAAUUUGUUUGCUGCUUUAAAAAAAAGAGAGAAAUAUUGAAAUGUGAAUUUAUUUUCUUAAGCAUCAGAUGGAAAAGAGAACUUCAUCUUUGCGUAUUUUGUGAAUGUUCUGGUGGGCCAUUUAAAGACAAUUUCUGAACCAAAU